UGCCUAUAUAUAUACAUCUGGUUUCAUGCAGGUUACAAACAACUCACACUCAGUUUCAUUUAAUAUGGAUGUUCACAAACUAUCAAGUGUGGUUUUCUUAGUGUUAUUAGGUUUAGGCAUUUGUGUGGCUAGCAGAGCUCUCUUCACUAUUGAAGAGGGCAUUCCCUACAUUCAUGGUGGUUUAACAGGAGGUGGUGGUGGUGGAGGGGGUAGUGGCGGUGGUGGUGGUUAUGGGGUUGGAGGAGAACAUGGAGCCGGAUAUGGAGGUGGUGCCGGUAAAGGUGGUGGAGCAGGGUAUGGUGGUGGAGUGGCAGGAGGUGGAGGAGGAGGUGGUGGUAGUGGAGGAGGUGGUGGAGGAGGAGGAGCAGAGGGUGCAGGCUAUGGUGCAGGUGAAGGAGGUGGGAGUGGUGGUGGGCAUGGCGCUGCAAGUGGUUAUGGUGGUGGAGCGGCAGGAGGUGGAGGGGGUGGUGGUGGUACGGGAGGAGGUGGCGGAGGAGGAGCCGACGGUGGAGGUUAUGGUGGAGGUGAAGGAGGUGGGAGUGGUGCUGGACAUGGUGGAGCAACUGGUUAUGGUGGUGGUGCGGCUGGAGGUGGGGGCGGAGGUGGUGGUAUUGGAGGAGGUGGUGGAGGCGCACAUGGUGGGGGUUAUGGUGGAGGAGAAGGAGGUGGGAUUGGUGGUGGAUAUGGUGGUGCUGGAGGAAUUGGUGGAGGAGGCGGAGGUGGACAUGGUGGCGGCGGCGGAGGAGGAGCUAGCAUAGGAGGAGCCGAGGGAACUGGCGGGGGUGCAGGAUAUGGGGCAGGUGAAGGAGGUGGGAGUGGUGGUGGACAUGGCGGUGCAGCAGGUUAUGGUGGUGGAGCGGCUGGAGGUGGAGGGGGAGGUGGUGGUACUGGAGGAGGUGGUGGAGGAGGAGGAGGAGCGGAGGGUGCAGGUUAUGGUGGAGGCGAAGGAGGUGGGAGUGGUGCUGGACAUGGUGGAGCGUCUGGGUAUGGUGGUGGAGCAGCUGGAGGUGGGGGCGGAGGUGGUGGACACGGAGGAGGUGGUGGUAUUGGAGGAGGUAGUGGAGGGGCACAUGGUGGGGGUUAUGGUGGAGGAGAAGGGGGUGGGAUUGGUGGUGGAUAUGGUAGUGCUGGAGGAGUCGGUGGAGGAGGUGGAGGUGGACAUGGUGGCGGUGGCGGCGGAGGAGCUGGUAUAGGAGGAGCAGGGGGGAGCGGAUAUGGUAGUGGAGGGGGUGCUGGUGCAGGUGGGGGUGCUGGAGGGUCAUACGGCGGAUACACUGGUGGAGGCGGUGGUGGUGGUUCAGGAGGCGGUGGUGGUGGCGGUGGUGGUUUAGGUGAGCAUGGAGUUGGUAGUGGAAGUGGGAGUGGUGAAGGUGGUGGACAUGGUGGCUAUAUCCCUUGAACAUGAGUGUUGUAUUUGUUGUAUUCAUUGUAAAAAUAUAUACAAUGAGUCGUAUCUAAAUAAUAUGAUAGAUGCAAGCAUGGUCAUUGUACAAAAAUAUAUACAAUGAGUCAUAUCUAAAAUAAUAUGAUAGAUGCAUGCAUCGUUUGUAAUCGUGUUGUAUGUGUUUUAAUGGAUUUACGUGUUAAGUUGAACGCGACACACAUAAAGCA